UUAUGACUUGUGAUUUGACAUUUAAGUUACCCGUGUUUUGUGUUGGGAAUGAUUUUGAAACAGCUGAAAGUAAAGUGUUUGAUACGACAUAAUGAGUUCGGGUAAUAGACCGAAAACAAAUCCAUGGGCCAAAACAAAUGCUCCAAAAGGUAAAAAGCCUCAAAAAAAGGGAAAUAAUCUCGGGCCACCUUUGAGCACCAGUGGGGAGGUGAAAUUCAAGGAAGCACAGGCCAUUCUGCACAACUCUGUCCAGAAACAUGUAAACGAUUACGAGUCUUCAUCAGAUGAAGAUGAUUUGGACUCAGUUCAGCUGUUGGGUACUGUACUUAAACAAUAUAAUGACACUGGUGGAACGACGGAUCAAACGAUUAAAACGCAAAACUUUAUUCAGGAAUCGUUUCUUUCAGGAGCAAAUACUUGUUUAAUUUGCAUUUCAAGAGUUAAAAGAGAUGAUAAGAUUUGGAGCUGCGUAAGUUGUUUUGGUGCUUUUCAUUUGGAUUGUAUUCAACGAUGGUCCAAAGACACGGUAAUGCAACAGAAACAAAGAAUUGAAGAUCAAACUGUAUCAGAAAAAAGGCUGUGCUGGUGUUGUCCUAAAUGCCGAUCUGAUUAUAUGCCCGAUCAAUAUCCAACUAAAUAUGUUUGUUUCUGUGGAAAAACAGAGAACCCCAUCUAUCAACCAUUUUUAGUGCCUCAUUCUUGCGGAGAAAUUUGCAGGAAGAAUUUGCUCCCACUUUGUGGACACAAGUGCUUACUACUAUGUCAUCCAGGGCCAUGUCCACCUUGUCCAGUAACAGUAAAUGUAACCUGCUAUUGUGGUUCGCAACAGCCUUCAACUAGAAGAUGUUGCAGUAAAGGAUGGUCUUGUGGUAACCGUUGUGGUAAAUUGUUAUCCUGUGACAAACAUUCAUGUGCCGAUGCGUGUCAUUCCGGCGAUUGUAAACCUUGUGCGAAGAAGAGCAUCCAGAAAUGCAUGUGCAGCUCUCAACAGAAGCUGAGAGAUUGUGCGUUUCCAAUUUGGCAAUGUGAAAAGGUUUGUGGCAAACCUUUGGAUUGCGGGAAUCACAAAUGUGACGAAUCUUGUCAUGCGGGAGUCUGUAAUUCUUGUGUCUUAACUAAACCGCGCACUUGUCCCUGUGGAAAGUCCACAUAUAAUUUAGCGUGCACAGAAGACACGCCAACAUGUGGUUCCACAUGCGAUAAACUUUUGGAAUGUGGCAUGCAUACAUGCAACUAUCGAUGUCACAAGGAUAAAUGUGGUCUAUGUUUAGAAACUAUAACAAAGUGGUGUAGAUGUGGGCAACAUUCCAAGGAAAUACAAUGCAGCAAGCAGUAUUUCUGUGAAACUAAAUGCAAGAGAAUCAGGGAUUGUAAUAAACACCCAUGCAAUCGAAAAUGUUGUGACGGAAACUGCCCGCCUUGUGAAAAACCGUGUGGAAAUACUCUUCAAUGUGGCAACCAUAAGUGUUCUUCGGUAUGUCACAGUGGCCUGUGCUAUCCAUGCCAGAAAACCAAGGAAAUUUCCUGCCGAUGUGGAUCUACGAAAAUUACCGUGCCUUGUGGUCGAAAGCAAAAAGUUAAACCACCUAGAUGCUCCAAGUUAUGUGUGACGCCUCCAGAGUGUCAUCACGAAAAACGCGACAAUCACAAAUGCCACUUUGGUGAUUGUCCUCCUUGCAGGCAAAUUUGCAACAAGCGAAGACCAAAUUGCGUUCAUCCAUGUUCAGCCACUUGCCAUGCCGCUGUAAUUGUUAAAAUUGAGGCUCAACAGGGGAGCAUGCCAUGGGAGCAAAGUGCGCCGCAGUUACAGAAACAAAAUCAACCUUGUCCAGUUUGCAAAGUGCCUGUAAAGACUACGUGUUUAGGAAAACACGAAACCGUCGAUUGGCCGUGUCAUUUGGCAAAACCUGCCAGCUGUGGACGGCCUUGUGGGCGCUUGUUGAAGUGCACCAACCAUUCAUGUUCUUUGCAAUGUCAUUUGGUCGAAAAUUCAAAUAGUGAGGUCGAGGCCGGGAUCAAUUGCGAAAUUUGCGAACUGGCCUGCUCUAAACCACGACCGGAAGGAUGCACUCACGUUUGUCCGAAACCGUGCCAUCCAGAUCGCUGUCCACCCUGCAAGCAAAUGUUGAGAAUUAAAUGCCACUGUGGUCUUACUCAGCCCUAUGUCCAAUGCAAUAGCUGGCUGAAUGUGGAGAAACGUGAAGAACUACAGAGUUGUGGAAAUCAGUGCCCAAAAAAUUAUGUUUGUGGUCAUCGCUGCAAAACCAAUUGCCACUCAGGAGACUGUCCAAAUUCCGAUUUGUGUAAGAAAAAGAUCAAAGUUUUCUGCAAAUGUAAGCGCCUUAAAAAAGAAUUUCAAUGCGAAACAGUCCGCCAAGGGCUGGCUGUAGUCGAAUGCGAUGAGAUUUGUCUUCAAAAGCAAGCAGAAGAAAAAGAAAAACUUGAGGCUGAUGAAGCAAUUAAACGGAGGGAAGAAGAAAUAAGAAACCAAAGAGAAUUGGAGUUGUAUCAGAAGAAGUUUUCCGGGAAAAAGAAAAAUAAAGAUCGACGAGUUCAUGAAGAGGAAGAAAAUGGCAGUUUUCUUAAGAAGUACUGGUUGUUAGUUCUAACCGUUUUCAUAGUUAUUGCGUCAAUUGUACUUUAUCAAGUUCUAGACUAAUUUUUUUUAAAUUUAUGUGGGUGUUUAUGAAUCGAUUCUUCAUGUUUUUAUCAAUGUUAUUAUAAGUGCGAAGUUUGCUGUGAGUUUCUUAAGAUUAGUUGGAUUAAUAUACAUUGUUUCUUUGUC